AUGUGCUUCGUUGUUGACGUGACGUGUCGCCCACGGACUGGUGUUAGCUAUUGACAAGGGGGUGUUACGUCACGUGGUGACAGGUCGCGUGGUAGCACUGGGGACAAGUUUUUGGGGGUCAUUUUGCGUGUAUUGAAUUAUGUUGGGUUGAUGUGACAGGCUGCCAUUUCUUUGAAGAUCCCUAGCUAUGAGCUGCCCCGAAGACAAGGAGGACUGCGCACCCCCUGUGGCUAAACAGCCGCGUAUUGCAGAGACUGAGGACAAAGGGUGUCCAGAUGGAGCCGGUGACGUUCCCGUCAGCCAGGAGGCAGAGGCUGCUCAGGCAUUAUGGGAGAUGACAAACUGGAGAGAUGGAGCAGAACAGGGGCCAAAGGAAGCAGAGAGCCAAAAAUGUCCACUUAACGUGACUCCGCACCCUCCAGAGAGAAACGCUGAGGGGCACCAGGUGGCCCUUCCACGGCGCACUCCUGAAAGAGGAGACACGGGCGAGAGUGGCCGUGGAACGCCGCAUUCCCCCGAAGGAGGAGAAACGGGAGAAAAGAACGCAAAACAGAAUAAAGACUUUGACGAUGCUGAUGGAGCCCCACAGAAGACAGAUUCUGAGGAGGAGCUUGUGUUGUCUCCGCUCUCCACAGAUUCUGAGUUGGGUGACCCUCGCUCUUGUAGUGAGGGUGACGAAUGUUGUAUUGUCUCCGUCGGUACGCAGCCCACCGGCACCGAGCGCUCGUUGCAAGCCCUUGAGUCAGUUCAGCAGGAGCUGCGGUCGGUAAAUGAGCGUGCGGAUCGAGCGUUGCUGCAGCUCAAGAGAAGAUACGGUCAUCUCCGAAAACCACACAUACAGAAAAGGAACGCCAUCAUACGCACCAUUCCAGGCUUUUGGGUCACCGCUUUUCUUAAUCACCCUCAGCUGUCCGCCAUGAUUGAUGAUCGUGACGAGGAUACCUUGAGUUACAUGAAUAAUCUGCAGGUGGAGGAUUUUACACACCUGAAAUCUAGCUGCAAAAUCAAGUUCUACUUCAACCCUAACCCUUACUUUAAAAAUGAAGUGAUUGUCAAGGAGUUCCAGUACGGCACUGCGGGACGUCUGGUCUCUCGUUCUACUCCCAUUCGCUGGUGGCGAGGACAAAAUCCUGCUACAAACAGAGGAAAAUCCAGCAACUCGGCACCCAGCUUCUUCAGCUGGUUCUCUGAUCAUAGCUUCCCUGCAGCUGAUCGGAUAGCAGCGAUCAUUAAAGAGGAUCUCUGGCCGAACCCUCUGCAAUAUUACCUCAUUGGUGAAGGUGACAGUGAUGACAGUGCUGCACAGGACAGUGAUACAGACAAUGGCGAUGACUGUGUAGUAAUUGUCGAUGAUGAUGAAGAAGGGGAGGAAGAAGACGACAACGAAGAUGAUGAGGAAAAUGACAUACACGAGAUUUCAAGUAACACAGAAAAACAUAAUGAGGAUACUGAUGAGGAUGAUGAAGUUGAAGUGGAGGAAUCUGUACCCGAGGAUAUGGUGGAGUCAACCAUAGAAGAACAGGGAUCAGGAGACAUCUUACUGGAUCCCAAUGACUCUGAACAGUCCUGUGACGGUGAAGAGGACAAGGGGGAUGAUGAGGAUGGGUAGCUGAGGUUAGGAGAGGCAGGGAAGCCGUUCUACCCCACUUCUUAGGAAGCAAGGUGCACAUUGUGUACACGGGAAAGAGUGCUGCAGCAAGACAUAGGAACUAAGCACUUUCAGCUUCCAAGGUCCUUCAUGGGCCUACCCCACCCCACAAUCAAAGCAUCAGAGCCAACAUUUGUAUUUGCUUCUCUAGAUCACAUAGUGGGGAAGACAAGCAUGUGUUUCUGUUCCAGUGCAACCAACGUAGAAUUUGCACUGCCAACCUUGAUAGGAGAGUAGACAGGUCUGAAGCAGACUUCAAACUGGAUUUGUUAAGGCGCGCUAAAUGUAAUUAAGCUUAAAUAGUUUACAAAAAAAAGAGCAUAGGUUGAAUGCUAAAGGGAAUCUAUCGUAAAACGUUUUAUUAUAUAUGAUUUGUGUGUGUGAAUGUCGGAAAGGAAAGCAAUAGAUUGAUUGACACGCCAUCUCUAAGCAUAUGCAGUAGUGGUAGAAGAGUAUUACGAGCGCUAUAAGUGCCUAGUUUGUUCUCCAUCAAAAAACACUCCUGUUUUUACAA